AUGAAGAUCCCUGUUCUGUUCAUAUUAUUGCUGGGCCUGCAAAUUUCUGCAGCCACCUUCAAAAUCUGUGCGUUUAACAUCAAGAGUUUCGGAGAGGCUAAAGCUUCCAACAAGAAGAUUAUGGAUGCGUUGGUGAAGAUCAUUUCACGUUGUGAUAUCAGCGUCAUACAAGAAGUCCGAGACUCAAAAGGAGAAGCUGUCCAAGCUCUCGUAACUGAGAUCAACAGAUACGACAGUGGCCACCGCUACCAGCACCUGGAGAGUAAGAGACUGGGGAAGAACAGCUACAAGGAACAGUUUGUCUUCAUCUACAGAGCCGACACGGUGAAAGUGAUUGACUGGUACCAGUAUGUGGAAGACCAUCCAGAACACCCAGAAGCCUUUGCAAGGGAGCCCUUCAUUGUCCGUUUCCACUCACCAAGAACAGCUAUCAAAGACUUUGUCCUGAUGUCUCACCACACCUGCCCGCGGGAGGCUGCCAGGGAGAUUACCAGACUGCUGGAGGUGAUGCUGGAGGUGAAGAAGCGCUGGAGAAUUGAUAGCGUCAUGCUCCUCGGAGACCUGAACGCAGCAUGCGGCUAUGUGACCAUACAACAAUGGAAGAACAUUCAGCUGCGCAGCGGCAAUACUUUCCACUGGCUGAUCGGGGAUAAAGAUGACACAACAGUCAAUCAGAAGACUCACUGUGCCUAUGACCGGAUUGUGGUGCAUGGAGAAGACUUCCUUAAAGCCAUUGUGCCAGGCUCUGCCAAACCUUUCAAUUUCAAAAAGAAACUUGGAUUGUCUGAGGAGGAGGCUCUGGAGGUGAGUGAUCACUUCCCGGUGGAAGUCAAUCUCCGCACGGACGCGGCGUGGGACAGGGAACUGUGAGCGCUGCAGCAAAUCUUUCAUACUUCAGUUCCAAUA